GGAAGUCAGAGGGGCAGGGGCCGCCCCGCUUUGCGUAGGGCCCCGCGCUCCUCCUCCUGCUCCCGCGUGCCGCCCACCCCAUCUCACGUGGGGCCCAGCCCCGCCCCACUGUGCGGGCAGCCACGCGGCUGCCACCUCCCGCGCGCGGACAUGGCCCUCGACCCCACAGGCUCCGUGUGAUGUGGCCCUCUCCCUCCACUGGAGUGUAGGCUGAGCCCAGUGACUUGAAAUCAACAUAAGGUAGCAGGAACAAGGCUGCAUGGCUUCCACAACAGGCUCAGAAAAGGCCACCUACCCGCUGAACCCUGUAGCAUCAUCUCAGACAUGUCGAAAAAGAUGUUUUGAUCCCCAAAAUAAUGAGAGAAAAGGCCCGAGAGAGAUGUUUUGAACAAGUUCAAGGUUGGAUUGGAUUGAAUUCUUUCCAGAAGCCAUACUACUGGUAUCAUGGACUCAAAGAUUUCACUAAAUGUUGCAAGGACUCUGGAAUCCUUAUGGUAGUAAAAUGCCGCAAAGAAAAUUCUGCAUUGAAAGAAUGUCUAACUGCUUACUAUAAUGAUCCAGCCUUUUAUGAAGAAUGCAAAAUGGAAUACCUGAAGGAAAGGGAAGAAUUCAGAAAAACUGGAAUUCCUACCAAGAAAAGGCUGCAGAAGCUUCCCACAAGCAUGUAGGCAAAUAUUCAAAUGAUACUCAGUAACGCCAAUGUCCAUGGAAAUCACAGUCACCUGAAAUGAUGGACUCAAAGAAGUGUUUGCUUUAUCCUUAAUUAUGGAAAUAAUUUUAUCUGAAAUAAAGAUUUUUUUUAAACUUCAAA